AUGAGUGAUGCCCAAGAUCCUGCCACAAUCCCUGCGGUUGGCACCCAGGUGAAGCUGAGGGGCUGGAGCCGUCAAGGGGAGGGGGGUGAGUCUUUCCAUUUCCGCCGGCACGAGGAGCUCCAGGCCUUCCUCAGCCUUCUGGAGCACAGUUUCCUCCAGGAUUUCCUCUCCAAAGAUCCCUGUUUCCAGAUUUCAGAUAAGUAUCUCCUGGCCAUGGUGCUGGUCUACUUCCGGCGCGCCAACCUGCAGCUCAGCGAGUACACCCACAGCAAUCUGUUCCUGGCACUGUACCUUGCAAAUGACAUGGAGGAAGACCUGGAGGACCCCAAAAGCGUGAUUUUUCUGUGGGCCCUGGGCCAAGAUUGGCAUCAUCGAGUGUCAGACUUCCUGUGUCAGAGGGACAAGCUGUGGGCACGGAUGGGCUUCAGGGCCGUGGUGAGACGCCAGAGCUGCGAGGAGGUCAUGGCCAAGGAGCCGACCCACUGGGCCUGGACUCGGGAGAGGCAUCCCCACCACGGCAGGGCUCAGAGGAGCUACCCAAAGGCCCACAUCCCCCUCCCCCGGGGCCCCGGCCUCUCGCCACCCCACUGUCCCCUGUGUGGCUUGCCCCCUUGCCACAGCCACCGCUGCCACCAGCCCUGCCCCUUGCCUGUCAUAUCCAAGUGCCCUUCCCAAAACCCUGAGCGACACCGCCCUCCCUCCCAAGCUUGUCUCUCAGUGGCUGGAGACUCCUGGAGUGGGGCCUUCCUCAUUGUCCUGCCCACCCAGCUGCAACUGGAGCCAGGCACCUACACCCUCCACAUCUUCUCAAAGCUGCUGCCGUGCCCUCGGCGCUGACACUCGCAGGGUGAAGAACAGCCCGUCUGCUCCCUGCUGACCCAGUGCUCUACUGGCUGGGGCCCCUCCGGCCUCCUGUCUACUUGGCCUCAGGCUGGCAGGGCUGCCCCAUGCCCCCUGCCCCUUCCUCCCUACCUGCAACUUGUACGCACUCUGACCUGACUCCUCAAAUAAAUUCAUGUCCACAGGACACCAACUGUGCUUAGGCCCUAGUCUGGGUCCCUGACCCAGGGUGGGGGCAGGGAGGGAGCUACCGGGAGAGGGGCAUCUGCCACG